AAAGGAAAAGAAGAAAGCUUGUUACUUGAAUACAAUUGGAUAUAUGGAACAGUACUGUCUGUCUUUGUUCCUUUGCUGUGUCUAUAUAAAUUUCUUGUCUCAUUGUCUAAGUUGCAACACAGAGUGAAACAAAAAUGAGCUAGCUUGAACCACACGUUCAUCUUCCAAGAAAGAAACUUAUCUUUCCUCCAAAUCAACCAGAGAAAAACAAAGAAAGAAAGAAGAAAAGCUAACUGAUUUGGCUAAGAGAAUGGAAAUAGUGGAGUCAAGGUUCAAGAGGGUUUGUGUCUUCUGUGGUAGCAGCAGCGGAAACAGAGAUUGCUACAGAGAUGCUGCCACUGAUCUAGCUCAAGAACUGGUGACGAGGAGAUUGAAUCUUGUGUACGGAGGAGGAAGCAUAGGUCUCAUGGGUUUGGUCUCACAAGCUGUUCAUGAAGCUGGAGGACAUGUACUAGGGAUCAUACCAAGGACUCUUAUGGACAAAGAGAUAACUGGAGAAACAUUUGGUGAGGUAAAAGCUGUGGCGGAUAUGCAUGAAAGGAAAGCCGAAAUGGCACGCCACUCGGAUUGUUUCAUUGCAUUACCAGGUGGGUAUGGAACACUGGAAGAGCUAUUGGAAGUAAUAACAUGGGCACAACUUGGAAUCCACGACAAGCCUGUGGGUUUGUUAAAUGUGGAUGGUUAUUACAAUUACCUCCUCACUUUCAUUGAUAAAGCCGUUGAUGAUGGCUUUAUUAAGCCAUCUCAGCGUCACAUCUUUGUCUCUGCCCCUAAUGCGAAAGAGCUUGUCCAAAAACUUGAGGCAUAUAAGCCAGUGAGUGAUGGAGUCAUAGCAAAAUCUAGGUGGGAGGUUGAGAAGAAAGUGCAACAGCCGCAACAAGCAGUGUUCUGUUCUAACACAAGCAUGCAGGCUGAGAUUUCUCUUUAGACUUUUAGAGGGUCUUUUGUCUAAGAAUUAAAAAAAGUGUAGUGAUAAAAUUAUGAGAAAAAUUGGGAAGCUUCCCUCUAUUGAUCACAAGAAGGCUUCGAGAAUUUUUUCUUCUGCAUUCAUCACUUUUUAGUCCAUUCAUAUAUAUAUAAUCAAGA